AUGAGAAACGCAGCAGCCUACGCGGGCCUCCUGGCCGCCACCUUCGCGUCCCUCGCACAGGCAAUGGUCAACCUCACCAUUCUGUCUUCUGUGGACGACGUUCGCUUUGGCGACCAUGUACUAGUCGAAUGGGCCACUGACAUGACUUACGACAUCUUGAUUGCUACUGGAUCAAUCCUCGGCCUAUAUUCAGCACUCCUCGGUCUGCUCACCAUACCAUGGUUCCAGGCACACGUGGUCUAUCUACACGCCAUACAAAUGACCUGGGGCAAAGAUCUCAAUGUUCCCGAGAUCUUUGGAUUCCUUCACAACCAAGUCACCCCUUUCAACAUCAAGUCUGCUAGCGGUGGCGACCUGUACGCCUGGCACGUCUUGCCUUUAGAACUGUAUCGACAACACGAACAGAAGCUUCUGUCACAACCAUCUGGCUUUUCGUCAGAUAUCACCUCCCGCCUGGGCUUUCAACUGCUUCGCGACGAUCCUGAGGCUAUACUUGUCGUCCACUUCCACGGUGCUGGAGGCACUGUAGGAUCAGGAUACCGAUGUCCAAACUACCGAGCACUAUCAGCUGGGCGACCUGACAAGAUUCAUGUUCUGACAUUCGACUAUCGUGGCUUUGGACGCAGCUCCGGAACGCCUAGUGAGAGUGGACUCAUUUUCGAUGCUCUGUCUGUUGUCGAAUGGGCUUUGAACGUGGCGAAAAUUCCUCCAAGUCGGAUUAUCAUUUACAGUCAAUCUUUGGGAACCGCCGUGAACAUGGCUGUGGCCGAGCACUUUGCACUGCAAGAAAGUCCGAUCGUCUUUGCUGGACAUGUAUUGACGGCGCCGUUUGUGGAUGUAGUCACUUUGGUCUCCACGUACAGGGUAGCUGGAACCUUUCCCCUUCUCGGGCCUGUAGCAAAAGUUACCAUACUGUUCAACUAUCUGCGAAGAUACAUCAAAGAUACAUGGUCGACCAAGGAUCGAAUUGCCUCAUAUGACAUUCCAUGGACACACACUCCUCAACUAUUCUGGCAUGCAAUCAACGCAACAACACCAACGGGUAUUAGCUUCGAAGAGCUUGAGCAGCUCAAGGCCAAAGCCAGAGUUGAUCAUGGUCCUGCGGGUAGCGUUAUAGAGUGGAAAACCGAUCAUGGUAUUAUCAGAGAAGAGAUACUAAAGUACGGACUGCAUGAUGUGAUCAUGGCCAACCCUGUAGUGACCUUGGCGGUCAUGCGGAUGCUCAAUUCCACAUGA